GAUGAGGAGGUGGAGAAAGAGGAGGCGGGGCAGGCAAAGCCUACCAACGCCUCUAGCAACCGGUCUUCCCCUCUUCGGUGCGUGGAGGUGGUUGGUUACCAUGGUGAAGCUGGCGGCCAAAUGCAUCUUGGCAGGAGACCCAGCUGUGGGCAAGACUGCCCUGGCACAGAUCUUCCGCAUCAAUGGAGCCCAUUUCCAGAAGAACUACACCCUGACAGCAGGGGUGGAUCUGGUGGUGAAGACGGUGCCAGUCCCUGACACGGGGGACAGUGUGGAACUCUUCAUUUUUGAUUCUGCUGGCAAGGAGCUGUUUUCUGAAAUGUUGGAUAAAUUGGGUUUCCUCAAACAUGCGCCUGCUGCUGCCCAGGGCUCACCACGCCCCUCCAGCCAUCCUCUCAGGAUCCAGCUUGUUGCUCGUUCCAAGGUAACAGUUCCCGCUAAUCUGGGCUAGUGAGCUAAUUAGAAGAGAUGCGCUCUCCAGAGCCCUCCCCUGCCUUUCCAAGAACAGCAACAGCAUUUUAAUAGCAACUGUUUUCUGCUCCUUUUUUGUUGUGUAAGAGAAAUAGAUCUAAUGAUGGUAAUUUCACAUAGGGUUGGCUUCAUGCAUCAAUUCAUGAUGUUUACCAUGCACCUACUCUGCCCACAACCUCACACUGGGUGCUGCCCUGUCCGGCAGAUGACAAGAUGUGUCUGGGCAAGUCAGAGCUACUGAUCUGCUCACACACACCCCUCCAGCCAGCCCUGACUCUGGGUUCUCCCGCUCCAGCUCCAGCUCUAUUCCAGGCCUAUCCUGGGCCUCCCUCACUGAGGCCUGGAGGAAGGAGCUAUCUCCUGCACGUGCAGAGGGGAGGUCAGUGUGGUUCUAGUAAGAGUUCUUGAGUGAGUCUGUGGAAAGAAGGUGUGAGGGGAUCAUCAGUUCAUUCUAAGCUGCUCCUUUUUUGGAUGCCUUGGGGAGUCAGUGUAGCCUUCGGGGGCAAGGAGGAGAGCCCUCCACAGCCAAUCCUGGGCUGGCUUUCCAAGGACAACUGGAGAGAAGAGGAUUCUCCCUCACAUCCUGGGAGGUUACGGACACCCCAGCAAGAAACCAAGCUUUAACUGUGCAGAACGGGGUCCCCAGAGAUCAGGGCAUGACCAGGAGCCUGUGCACCAGGACGAGCAUCCCAGCUCAAGCAGGACUAUCAGUGCUUGGAAGCAGGAUAUCCCAAGACUCUGAGCAGCCCCUGAAAGCAUAGCCCUGGUUCUUAACUGGGACAGCAAGCCCUGUCCAGCUGUCAGUUUGGUUUGGAUUAAGGCUGAUACAUCACAGGAGAGGUAGAAAGCACCCUUUGCAUUUUGAAAAGCCAGCUCUUAUUAAGAAUCUGCAAGCAAACAAGCUUCCAGGGGCUGGCUAAUGGAGGAAACGAAUUUCUUUUAGGCCAGCAAAGCAGAGAAGCAUAACAACUUGCAUGAAAGUGAGCCUUCAAUGUACAUAUGAGUAAAAGAAUAAAUUAAAUUAAUGAGACCAGUGGCAGGCAAAAGCAUUUCUGGGUAGAGAAAAGCCAUAGUCCUACCCCAGUCUUUAAAGAGUUCCUGACCUGCACAGGUCACCUACCCUCUCUGAACUUAGUUUCUUCAGCAACACAGUAAAGACAUUCAGAGCAGCCCUGUCAAGUUGGGAGGUUUCACAAUGAGGCCUGACAGCACCCACAGACAGCUGGCACUGUGCCUUGCCCUGCCCCACCGCAGAGCCCAGCCCUCCCAUUCAUGCCUCUGGGUGAAUUGUUUUCUUCCGUGGGUGUGGCACAGCUUUCUGACUCACAUCCCCAUUAUAGUGCUUCAUUUCUCUCCACCCACCUGCCCCUUGGGAGGCCAGAUUUUCUUCCAGCCUAGAAGUCACUUUCACGGUCGCUGACAUGCUCUCACC